ACCAACCGCGCACAUUCGGAUCUGACGUCCCCCGCGAUGAUGAUUCCUGGGCCUUCCAGUCCGCUUCGGAGCGAACGAAGAAGGACCAGCAGGCGCAGGGCUCUGCGCGGAUGCGGGGUCUUCCGUACGGGAAGCAGCACAUCGCAUUCGUGUUGGAGAAACGCACGGCGGACCUGUUCUUGAACUUCCGCCGGAAUUGGUUCUACCCGGUGCAUUCGCACGACAAAGUUCUGAUAGACGUGCCCGUGAAUCCUGAGGCGACACAUGCCAACCCAACCGAACAGAAACAGAGGGUAAAAGGCAUCGUCUUGGAGAUGGACGGCGAUGCUGCCUUGCAGGAGAAGGUCAAAAAGAACGAGCUGGAGCAGGACGACGAGGAGAUUAUGAAGAAGACCUGGAGGGUUUGCGCCCUGCUCUCGGAAACGAUGCGGGUCAAGGCGGACUACGAGAAAAAAGGAGAUCUGGACAGUGUCCGCUUGUUUUUCACGGAGCGAGAAGGGGACCGAAAUAGCUGGAGACAAGCAAAUGUGAAGGAAGUAAAGAAGCUUGCCUUCGGCCGGGACGGCUUAUCGCUCACGCACGCACCCGGGCCCGGUAUCAAGGUGGACUGCAACCCGGGGUUCCGAGUCACUGGAAAAACGACAGAAGAGCUGGGGAAACUGGAAGUCAACGAAAGUUUGAAAUCGCGGCUAAACGGUGAACUACCCAUCACCGACCCGCAAACCCGGUUCGUCUUCUACAGCACGAGUAAAAUCCCCCACUUCUGGCAGCGAAAGGUGCAGAAGCAGGACGUGUUGGCCCAUGCCUGGUCUGUGCAGGAGGGCACGGAGCGUAAGGACUACGCGGACGCCUU